CGCACUGCCGCCCAGGGAGGGAGGGGAGGAAGGUUAGGGACGCAGAGAGGGAGAGCGCUAGCAGGAGGAAGACGUGGGGCCAGGGCUCCAGCAGAGGGCUGGGGCCGCGGCUAGGGUAGAAAGGUGGGUCAGGGCUCUCCGAGAGCCAGAGCGCAAACCUGCAGAGGAGGUCGCGUCCGGUGGGCAUCACCCGCAGCGCAGAGCCCGGGACGUCCAGAGCGCGGAGAGCAGUCCCAGCUCCGGCUAGAACGAUCCGUCUGGGUAGCCGGGGACCUAGGCGCCGCCAUCCUCGAGAAAGCAGCUGUCCGGAGAGCAGGCAUCCUAGAUCCGUAAGAAACCAGCCGUCCGAGAAGCCGCCGAUUUCAGGCGCCCGGGAACGUUAGAUUGAACGAGAGGGUAAUAGAGGACCACGGACUCCGAACCGUCUGGAGCUGCCUCUGGUCCACGGGGGAACCUCCGCCUUGACGGAAGGUUUGGGGAACGGCACCGCUGAGGCGGGAGCCCGAAGGGGUAGGGGGGCCGGGCGCAGCCGUCGGGGGAGUCCCGACCCAAGCCCGAGCCCGGCCACCGCCUCCGGGGCCCGCGGGAAGCCCCAGGCCUCCGGCACCAUUGCGCCCAAGAGCGAGGAGGACCUGCUGGCCCUGGCCGCGUCGCGGCUGAGCCGCCGCAAGCGGGUGGCGGGCGCGGCCGUCGGGGUGGCCAUGGUGCUGCUGCUGCUGGUGGCCAUUCCGCUGCUAGUGCACAGCUCCCAGGGGCCGGCGCACUACGAGAUGCUGGGUCGCUGCCGCAUGGUGUGCGACCCGCACGGGCCGCGAGGCCCAGGACCCGACGGCGCGCCCGCCUCCGUGCCCCCCUUCCCUCCCGGCGCCAAGGGAGAGGCGGGCCGGCGCGGGAAGGCAGGUCUGCGAGGGCCCCCGGGACCACCAGGUCCUAGAGGGCCUCCAGGAGAGCCGGGCAGGCCAGGUCCUCCGGGCCCUCCCGGCCCAGGCCCCGGCGGAGUGGCGCCCCCUGCCGGCUACGUGCCUCGAAUUGCCUUCUAUGCUGGCCUACGGAGGCCACACGAGGGUUACGAGGUGCUGCGCUUCGACGACGUGGUGACCAACGUGGGCAACGCCUAUGAGGCGGCCAGUGGCAAGUUCACCUGCCCCAUGCCGGGUGUCUACUUCUUCGCUUACCAUGUGCUUAUGCGCGGCGGUGACGGCACCAGCAUGUGGGCCGACUUGAUGAAGAAUGGACAGGUCCGGGCCAGCGCCAUCGCCCAGGAUGCCGACCAGAACUACGACUACGCCAGCAACAGCGUGAUCCUGCACCUGGAUGUGGGUGACGAAGUCUUCAUCAAGCUGGACGGCGGGAAGGUGCACGGCGGUAACACCAACAAGUACAGCACCUUCUCUGGCUUCAUCAUCUACCCGGACUGA